AACCAGUCCAGAAGUCGUAGAGUAGUCUUCGACGAUCCACUCAGCAUCAGUUUGGCACAGUCUGAAAGAGCAUUAAAUGUCUUGCUGGCUGUCUUGCCUGUGGAGAGGUUCUGGAGGACAGCAGACCCGCUACUAGUGCCGCUCGCAGUGACCGUCAUAUUGAUUCGAUCACCGGCUUUGACUGGGAAUCCAUCGAAUUCGUAGGGGUAAUCCGGCCACCACUCAUACCAGGCACGGAAAGACACCGUGUUCCCUACGAUGGCGAAAUCCACUCCAGCCUGGAGAAUGGCGGAGGUACAGGUGCUACCAUCGAUACCCACCCAAGCGGAAGCGGCGUAUGCAGUCAAAGUGCUUCCACCUGCAGGCCUCUUUGGAUUGGGUACAGUAAAGAUGCCGGUCACACUCUGGUAGCCAGAACCGCUGAGUACGGCACCGACCCAAUUGUUGCUGUAUUUCACAAGAGUGCUGUUGCUGGCUUCAGGAUGGAAAUCUUCGAGGUUUGUUGAAGGCUGAAGCGGAUUGGAGUGGCGGUCUCGAAGUGCUGCACGCCUAUUGAUACGUGCGGCGGCGCGUUCCCUUUGCGAUGGAAGGCUGGCGGCGAUGGACGAAGCGAAAAGACCGGAAGUAAUAUAUGAAGAGAGCUUCAUUUUCGAGUCGUGCUGUUGAUUUGAGAUGAUAUUUUGAGAUGUAAAAGAGUCUGUAUGAGGUAUUGUUGCCCUUAAAUAUACAAAAUUCCUAGGCUCGCAUUCUAAGGAUUGACC